AUGACGCUUUAUACGACCAAUACGGUGCCAACCAAGGGCGGCCUGCUUGCGGACUCGUCCGUCUGGGUGCUCAGCAACCCCGACUUCCGCCAAUGGCGCGACCACGAGGACCAGCGGCUGCUCUGGGUCAAGGGCGACCUGGGAAAGGGCAAGACCAUGCUCCUGUGUGGCAUUGUCGAUCAUCUCGAAACGAGGCUCGCCCAAGGAAGCCGUCUAGCGUACUUCUUCUGCCAAGCCAUCAACGAGCGCAUCAACAAUGCGACGGCCGUGCUGCGUGGCUUGAUAUACAUGCUACUUGACCAAGACGCCUCCCUCGUAUCACAUAUGAAAAAGAAGUACGAUGUCGCUGGCGAGGGGCUGUUCCAGGGCUAG